CAAAAAAGCAACUUUCCACUUGGAAACUAUUUAAAUUUAUUUUAAUUCUUAUAAGAAAUAUAUCACUUGGAUACUAUUUAAAACAACAACCAAAAAAAAUUAUUUAAUUAAUCGGAUUUAUUUAUUAUUGAAAUUUAUCAAAUUAAAUAAAAAUGAUUAAUACUACUACUAAUACUACUAUUACUAAUACUACAACUACUACUACUACUAGUACUAUAAAUAUAAAUAAUGAAAAUCAAACAUUACCUUAUCAACUUGAUCCAUUAUCAAAUAAUCAAUUUUUAUUAAAUUUAACCAAACUAUUUCAUGUAUCCAGUAUACCAUUAGCUAUAUUUAUAUUGAUAACCAUAUGUAUUCUAUGUUUAACAUUCAUUAUAUUAUUAAUUUUAUAUAUACGUACAUUUAUGCAUAAAAAAUAUAUCCCAAAAGUCUAUAAAAAAAGAGAACAACCAAUCUAUAUAGAUGAUAUACCAGGUUUAAUCAAGGUUAAUAAUAAUAAUAAUAAUGAUAAUAAUGAAUUACUUAAUUAUGGUACAAUAGAAUAUUCAUUAAAUUAUAAUUUAAAUACAGAAGAAUUAAAGAUUUGCAUUGUCCAAGCAAAUAAUUUACUAGUAACUAAUGAACAAGAACCAUUAAAUCCAUAUGCUACAAUUUCAUUAAUUAAAUAUAAAAACAAUAAUUCACAAUUACAAAUGAUGAAACCAAUUCAAUCUAUAAAUAAAAAAUAUACUACUAAUAUCAUAUAUAAUUCGAAUAAACCAUGUUGGAAUCAAUCAUUCUUAUAUAAAUUAUCAAUAAAUCAAUUAAAAUGUAUUAUUAUUUUAUUAGAAAUCUUUCAUUAUAAUAAUCAAUAUAUUGAUCAAUUUUUAGGUCAUUUAUUGAUUCCAUUAAAUCAAAUUAAUCAUAGUGAAUAUAUUGGGAAAUUUUAUGAAAAAAUUGAUUGGUUAUUAAUGAAUAAUAGAAUUUAUCCAAAUAAUAUUGGUGAAAUCUGUAUUGGUUUAGGUUAUUAUACAGAUACAUCACGUAUAGAUUUAUGUAUCUUUGAAAUAAAAAACUUAAUCUUAAAUAAUACUACUAAUACUACUACUAAUAAUAAUGAUAAGGGGAAAUUAAUCGAUGCCCUAGCAACUGAAUUAGAUCUGAUUAUUUAUAUAAAAUAUAAUAAUCAUUUAUUACAUAAAUAUAAAACAGAAUCACGUAAAGAAUUAAUCAAUCCAUAUUUUAAUAAAACAAUAUCAUUUAAAAUAAAAGAGAAAUAUAUUAAACAUUUAUAUAUUAUUAUACAAUUAAGACAAAUUCAUAAAUGGUUAAUUAAAAAAAUUAUUGGUGAAUUAUCUAUUAGUUUAAAUGCGCUACAAUUAAAAAGUAUGAAACAUUUUAAUGAAAUGAUUCAAUUACCUAAUCAAUUACAUGUGAAAUGGCAUCCAAUUUAUCCUAUAACAACAACAACAACAAAUAAUAAUCAUAGUGAUCAAUCAAUUCUAUUCGAUUGGUUAUGUUUUGAUCCGUUUUCUUCUUUCUUUAACUAAAUAGAAAUCAAUGUAUUUGUCAAAGUAUAGAUUAGAUUAUGAAAUGAAAUGUUGAAUUCAUUUAAGAUCCAUUCAAUGAGAUGUUCAUCAAUACAUUCUUCUUCGUUAAUGCUAUUUUUUUUGUGUUUUUUUUUGUUCUCUAAAAUUUGUACAAAUUAUCAUUUACUGUUACGUAAUUGUGUAAUGGAAAGAAAUUUUUCUCUUUU